AUGCUUGGAUCGACUUCGCCAACGGCGCAGGGCCCGCCGGCAUUCCUCACAUCUGAAGUCGGCGAUAACGCAACACUGGACGGCCCGCAACAACAGGAACAUCUGGAAGGGGAACUGAGAGGGGAAGAACCCCCAGCUGCAGCUGAUGCAGUAGACGAAGUGAGAAAGGAGAGAGAGGACGCGACUGAUAAAAAUGCAUACAGUGAGGAAGGGGAGGGAGAUACGGGGGCUGAGGAGCCACCGCCCUCGGCGAUGAAAGGAAAGAGCGGACGUGAGCGUAGCACGGAUCUCAAGCCGCGCUUCAACCCCGAGGUGACAGUGAUGGAGACGUCCAACUACGCACUCGUUAUGCAGGGCGAGGAGGGUGACGACGAGGCCGCGGAACUCGCCGUCUUCGACCGCCUCUACGACGAGGCAAAGAAGAGAGCCGGGCGUGCAAAGGUGGAGACACCCGGCGUGACGGACAACGCCGAUGCAGAAGCAGCAGCAAAGGAGGCGGAGGAGUGCACCUUUCGGCCUGCCUUGUCGGACGCGGCAAAGGAGCUGGGUCGCUACGCGACGUGGGGGGAUUUCCUUGCGACCCAAGAGGAGCGCCGCAAGACAAGCGCAAUGCACUUUGAGAAGAAGAAGGAGAAGCUGCUUAGCGAUGAGAUCCUGCCGCUCUUCGAUGAUAUGCCGCGGAAGCACAGCCUCCGCAUUAUCGCCCACCUAGAGAAGGAGCGCAACUACAAGGGGCCGAUCAAGGGCUGGCGGGCGCGGUUUCGCGCGUACAUGCAGCGACUGCAGGAGCAAGACGUUGCAGCGGCACCCAACCAGCCGAGGGCGCACGCUGACACGCCGUCAGUGCACUCCGGCAUUGUCCGCGACGACGCGGUGUUUGACCGGCUCUACGAAGAGGCGACCGUGCGGGAGGCGGCGCAGCGCGUGUUGCUCCUGACGCAGCUGGAGAAGGAGGCACGGGAGCUGUACCAUCCGGUGACGAAUGAGUCGGAGUACUGGAGUAGGCUCGGCGGCAACAAUAACAGCACCGUCAGCAGCUGCUCCUGCAGCAACAUCUCCACCCUUAGCAGCCGCACCAGUACCGUCUUUGACGAGCUGUACGCGAUGAGCGCGGAGUACCGCCGUCGCCGCGAGCUCCGCGCCGCUGCAGCAGCAGGCAGCGAGGAGGUGUUUCCGUUCCGGCCGGUGACGAACCCACAGAGCAGCAGAAUCAUCAUGAAGCGCGCAAUCUCCCGCGCCAAGGGGGAGGUCCCGGAACGCAGCAGGAAGCCGCCUGCGGUAGAUGAAGCGGUGGAGUCGCCCAACAGGAAGAAAAACGCACGGUUCAACACCGACAUCUUCUGCUCGCGCCUGCAGCGCAAGGAACUGGAGCGGCUGGAACGCCUGGCCGCGCUGCGGCGCCAGACGUGGAUGGAAGAGGCAGUAGAGUGCACGUUCCGCCCCGCCAUCUCGCGCCACAGCAACGCGAUAGCUGUACAGAAGGGAUACGGGCAGAUUACCUUCGUGCCGACGUUGAACGCACCGCCGAGGGACGCACGCACACAUACAGCCGACGGCGCUGAUGCUGACGCCAGCACACAAGGCGUCUCGCAGCUGCGGCAACCACAAGGCCAGACCCCACUGCUUCCGCAACGCAAUCGCGGCGCCAGCAGCCGCAGCAGCAGCCUCAACAAAGUGCCAAAAACGUUUGACUCAGGGGCGUCGAGUGGCGAUUGCAUCGCCGCGCUGUCGUCGGAGAUUCAAGGCGUCCUCUCCGCGUGGUCGCACGCGGUGGAGGAGGCGCGUGCCGAGCCCUGA